AUAUUCAAAACCUAUUCCAAUAGUUAAAAGAGUGUGAUUUUAACAUUGAGACACGUAAUUGAAUUGAUCGCAGAGAGCUGAUCGCAGAGAGGAAAUGAGUCAGCAGCGCAUCUCAUCGCUUCAGUGCGCAGGUGGAUGUUUGUGCACAAUAGUGAGUCUGUCUCUGCCACAGGUAGCGCUGGACUCAGGUAUUGUAACACGACACUGAACCAUGUGAUCAACGACGAGAAUUUAGGAAGAAAACAGCUCUAGCGACCACUCAACACACCCGUAAUACCAUACGCACAGGACUACCUUUGGAAGAAAAGUUGUAUCUUGAAGAAAAAUGUUUUGAACUAUGUGGAGUAUUAAUGAGAAACUGGAGUGCGACGGUUUCGGUUCAGAUCCUGACUGCACCGGUGAGGUGAGCCGGAAGCGACCUGUGACCAAAUAUAUUGGAUCUAUAUCUUACAAGCAUUCAGAAAAACUGCUUUGAUAAUAUCUGAAUAGAGCUCGCCAGAGACGGAUAAGACUAUUUUUAUGCUUUUGAUCUCGGACAUGAUUUAUUGACCCGUGAUGCACCCUACCCAGAACAUCAGCCCCUUCUGGUUGAGGGUAGGGGUACAGAUUGACUUCUCAGAGAUGAUACUGCAGUUCGGGUUAUUGGCAGCCAGUUUUCUGCUGCUGUUUCCAAGGAAUGCAUUGAUCCAGGCCGUGGAUACCACAAUGCCGAGUAACACUACAACUGGCAACAUUACAACACCCAGCUCAGGCACGGAUAUUGUGGCUAUUGUAGUACCAAUUGUGGUCGUGGGAGCACUGUUAAUUUUGGUGGGGGUGCUGUUGUUUCUGUUCUGCGUGGUAAAGAAGAAGCGUCAGACGGAGGGGACGUAUCGACCCAGCACAGAGGAGCAGACAGGAGUUCCCAGUGUAGCGACACCAGACGCCCUCAAAUUACCUAAAGAGGAGAGACUGAUUUGACACAUGAACUCAUAUUUUUGCUGGUUCACCCUGAAGCACAUGAUAAUAGGACUGUUCAAAAUGGUGAAACAGAUGAACUAACCACCUUGUUUGAAAGCACAGGGCACAGAUUUAAGCCUGUGUUAUGACGAAACGGAGCGAGUAUGACCACUUAUAUGAACUCCAAUAUUUACCCUGCAACAGACAGCACAUUUCUCAGUGAAUAUAUUAAAGUUGAACCAUAAAAACUAAACGAAGAACCUGUUUCAGAGAAGACCACACCUGCUGGAGCUAUUCAUUAUAGAAUUGCAUUGACCUUUAGGCUUUAAAUCUUGGAAAUGGAAUUUGGAUAAUAGGAAAAAUGCUUUUGUUGACUGAUCUGCUUGUGCUGAAUCCUAGCAAUGACAUUUCAUUCUUGUUCUAGAUUGUUAGCCAAUACAUACACAAAUGUUGAUAAUUUUAUUGAACGUGUUGCCUCCUUCAAAUAUGCUGUAGGAUAUAUUUACGAUCUUAUCUGCAUUAACAUCUAUGCAAUAGCCAGAUGCUUUUGCUCAAUGCAUUAUAUUCCUAUACAUUGAACCCCGGACCAUGGUGUCUACCCGAGUACCUGUAGACUUCAGCAACAUUAUUUCAAGGUGCAUUGAUUAAUUGGCAUGAUUUACCUAUUAUAUUUAUUCAUAUAUACUGUUUAUAAUUAAUCUAAUGUUAAUUUUCCAUAAAUGUGAUCGAAGCAACAGAGAUUUCUACGUUAAAGAGGUGUGUCAGAAAGCAUUUGACAGUAUUGCUUAAGGCAGUGUUUUGAUAUUGCUUGGCAAGAACAAUGCUAGGCUUUAUCUAAGAAACGCGCCUGUUGAAUGACAUGUUUUCUGGAACAGCGCUCUCUAGUGAAGAAUUUCUGACAUUUCCUUUAUGAAGCACAAAAUUUCCAGAUUGGAAGUUUUAAAUUAUGAUUGUGUAAAUUAAACAUGUAUGCAAACCUA